GUGACCUCGGACCGGAAGCGAGUCCGGUACUUCCGGCGCGGGCGGCCCGAGCAGAUCUGCAUCCAUGGCUUGGUCCUUGAAGCUGGUAGGCACGUCCCUUCAGUGUCGAAGGUUUCACACCGCUGGAAGUCACUCCAAGGGUCGGACCGGUGCUGAGCACCUGUGGCUGACGCGCCAUUUGAAGGAUCCAUUUGUGAAAGCCGCGAAGAUGGAGAGUUACCGGUGCCGAAGUGCCUUCAAGCUCCUGGAGGUGGACGAGAGGCAUGGCAUCCUGCGGCCCGGUCUCCGGGUGUUAGACUGUGGGGCGGCCCCCGGGGCAUGGAGCCAGGUGGCUGUGCAGAGGGUCAACGCUGCAGGCACAGAUCCCCAUGCUCCCGUUGGCUUCGUGCUUGGGGUAGAUCUUCUUCACAUAUCCCCCCUGGAAGGAGCAACUUUUCUGUGCCCCGCUGAUGUGACCGACCCGAGAACCCUCCAGAGAAUCCAAGAACUGCUUCCUGGUGGGAGAGCAGAUGUGAUUCUGAGUGACAUGGCACCCAAUGCCACAGGGAUCCGGAGCCUGGAUCACGACAGGCUCAUUGGCCUGUGCUCGUCCCUUCUGGACACGGCUCCACAUGUCCUGCACCCUGGUGGAACAUUCCUCUGCAAAAUGUGGGCCGGAAGUCAAAGCCUGGCGUAUCAGAAGCGACUGACAGGGCAGUUCCAGAACACCAGGACGGUGAAACCCAGAGCCAGCAGGAAGGAAUCGUCAGAGGUGUACCUCUUGGCCACACAGUACCAAAGAGGGAAGGAGUUUGCAGAGGACUGAGGGUUUCUUCUGCUGUUUCCAGGCCUUGUUCACUGCAAGUGUUCUUUGAGCUCUUGCCCGGAGUGUGGCUGGGGGGUAGGGGAGUGGGUUCAGGGCUUGAUCUGGGAUGCAGCAGGCAGGACAAGUGUGGGGCCUUUGUUUUAAGCCAAAAACACACAACAAAACAGUAUUUGCUGGCCAGGAUGUAUGAUCAGAAACAGUCUCUAGAGCGUGAUUCAUAAAGAGGACGUCAUGAAAGAGAGGUAGACGGAGAGGAAAGGAUGAAAAGACAUUGGGAAGGAGCCGGCGGUGCACGUGGGCCUUGGUGUAACCUUGAUGUGACUCCUGUCACAGACUGUUCCCAUGUAAUGGAGGGAGUCUCCACCCUUGCCCCCCUGGCCGACCAACUCCCAGGCUUCUCCGUGUCAUUUUGCUUAUACAGUGUAGCGUGUGAAAACCUGAACUUCAACCUGGGGAUUAAUUUCCAUCUCUGGGGAUGAUGUGUUCAUCCCGUCCUCAAGUAGCAGGAGUUCCCUGCAAUUAGGGAAGACAUUUGGUGUGAAUUGUGCAGGGGGCGGGUGUGCUUUGGUUGCUGGAAUCCUGGGGGCUCCCAAGACUGGUAGUGGCCAGAGCAAGCAGCCACUUGGUAUGUGCGUCCAUUUCCUUUCACUCUCUUCCAUGAGCUUGAUGCAGCUUUACAGAACAAUGUAGAUUGUGCGAUUUUAAGGGAUUUCCAUGCUUUUAAGAUUGUUUUUAUAAAAAUUGGUUUCUUCAAAGCCA